GGUUGCCGAAUUCAGAGAGAGUCAAGCUUCUGCUGCAGUUAGUGUUGAAGAAGUUGAGCAAAGGGAAAGAGAAAAAGCAGAAAAAAAAAAGAAAGGGAGGCUGCUGAGCAGAAGGCAAGGGAAGAAGCAAAGCUAAGAGAAAGGGAGGCUUCUGAGAAGAGAGCAACAGAUGCAUUGGCUGUGAGGCAACAGUUGGCUGCUGAAUUAGAGAAGAGGCAAGCAGAGAAGCAAAAAUCUAAGGCUGUUGGGAAGCAAACAUCUAAGGCUGUUGGGAAGCAAACAUCUAAGGCUGCACAAAACAAGGGGAAGGAGCCCAUUCAUCAUAAGGCUAAGUUAAACAGAAAGGGGAAGAAGCCUAGAGAGCCAAGAUAUAACACAAGGCAUAAAGGGCAGAAGAAGUUUGAAGCACAAGUUGAGGAGGAUGAGGAUAGCAGUGAUGGGUCUGACUUCUAUGUUGAUUCAGACUAUGAUAUUGAGAAUGAUGAGUGUGAUGAUGUUCAAUUUGAAGAAAAUGUCACAGAGCCGAGAGUUGUACCAGAGUAUGAAGAGAUGGGUUUCACUGGCUACUGUUCUGAAGAAGCUGUAGAUUCAGAUGACUUGCAGAGCUUGAGUGGGAGUGAAUCAGAAGAGGAUGAAGAUGGGAAUCCAAUUCCUAAGAGGAGGAAGAAGGGGUUGAGGGUUAGACCUUGGAUUAGGUCAGUAGAUCUGAAAAAUCCAAAGUUCAGGUUAGGUCUUGCAUUUCCAAAUUCUGCACAAUUAAAGGAAGCUGUUAGGGAGUGUGCCAUUAGAAACCAACUUGGGUUGUGGUUUGAGAAAAAUUCCAAGAAGAAGAUAGAGGUCAACUGUCAAUGGGACUGUCCUUUUAGGUUGUAUGCUAGCACUUCCAAGGGUGAGGGUGAUACACUCAUAAUCAAGACACUGAACAAGAAGCAUACCUGCUCUCCAGUUGAAACAAGUCAUUUCUUGACUUACAGAAGAAUAGCUCAAGAGGUUGCUGAGGAUCUUAUGGUUGAUGAGAAUUGGUCCAGGAAAGGGAUCCACAAUCAUAUUGAAAAGAAGUACAAGUUAGACGUUGGUGUGCAGACAAUCACAAGAGCAAAAAGGGCAGCAAAGAGGAUGAAUGAAGGACACUAUAUUGAUCAAUACAACAUGUUAGCUGCAUACAGGAAGGAAUUGCUUAGGAGCAAUCCUGGAUCCACAAUUGACAUAAAGACACAAAUGGAUGGUCCUGUAAGGAGGUUCCACAGGAUGUACAUCUGUUUUGCAGCAUGCAAGGAGGGCUGGAUGAGGGGUUGCAGGCCUAUUGUUUGUUUGGAUGGUUGUCAUGUCAAAGGGCAGCAUCCUGGACAGCUUCUAACUGCAGUUGGUAUAGAUGCAAAUAAUGGGAUGUUCCCAGUUGCAUAUGCCUUGUGUGAGGUUGAGAACCAAGAGACAUGGACCUGGUUCCUUGACUAUCUGAAAUGUGAUUUAAGAAUGGAAAGGGAUAGUAGCUAUGUGUUUAUGACAGAUAAACAAAAGGGGCUGGGAAAUGCAAUUGCUAAUUUGUUCCCCAAUGCUGAGCAUAGGCACUGUGUUAGGCAUCUCUACAAUAAUUUCAAGUCAAAACAUCCAGGAGAAGGCCUCAAGCAGUUGGUUUGGAAUGCAGCUCGUUCUAGUACUCAAGUUUGGUAUAACAAACACAUGGAUGCCUUGAGGGAGCUAGAUGAGGAUGCCUGGCUGUGGUUUCAAGACAAGAGUCCAGCACAAUGGUCAAGGGCCUUUUUCACAGAUGAAUCUAAGUGUGACAUUUUGCUGAACAAUAUGUGUGAGUCUUUUAAUUCAGCUAUUCUACCUGCUAGGGAUAAGCCUAUAUUGACUAUGUUGGAGAAGAUUAGGAUGGACAUGAUGGUUAGGAAUGCAAAUAGAAGGGUGGCGUGUGAGAAGUGGAAGGACUUGGUUGGUCCUAGGAUAAAGAAGAUAAUUGAUAAGAUAGGGCAGAGAGCUACACAAUACCGAGCACAUAGAAGUGGGGAGUUUAUUUUUCAAAUAAUUGGAACUGGUGAGGGAGGCAGCAAGCAUGCUGUGGAUUUGGGACUCCACACUUGCACAUGCAAGAGGUGGCAGCUUAGUGGGAUCCCUUGUGUGCAUGCAAUUUGUGCAAUUAGAUUCAAGAAACAGGAAGCAGCCUUGUAUUGUGAUGAUUACCUCAUGCCUAGCUCAUAUAUGGAGGCCUAUAACCCCAUCAUCUAUCCCAUUGCAGGGGAGGAUGAUUGGGAACUUGUUGACUAUCCCAUUGCACCUCCACCUUACAAGCAGCAAGCUGGAAGACCUAAGAUGAAGAGGCAUAAAGAACCAGGAGAGAAAGAAAAUCACCCACCACCACCUGCUCCUAAAGAAGGGAAACUCUCUAAAGCUGGGAUUAAGAUGUCCUGCAAAAUAUGUGGCCAGCAAGGACACAACAAAUUGGGUUGUCCUAUAACAAAGGCCAAAAAGGCAGCAGCAGGAGAAGGAACAUCAAGUGGAGCAACUCCAAACAAGAGGCAGAGAAAUGAGGUCAACAGAGCAGCUGCACCAAAGGGGUCUACUAACGUCAAGGACCAAGUUAUCAAGUCUAGGAAAACAUGGAAGAAAAUCAAGCAAACUGUGGAGAGUACUUCGGGUCCCAAUGUUGGUGCCUCAACAUCACAAUCAAAUCAGCAGCCUCCCACUCAAAGUAGCCAGAAUCCGGCAGCUGGGAGUGCUCAAUGGAAAGCAUCAGAGCCUAUGCAACCAAGCCAAGCUUCAUCUGAAUAUGCAGGAUUUUAAUCCAAUUUGAACUAUUGGUUUUUGUUAUUGCUUAACGCUUACAUUUUGCUAAACUAUCAGUCAACAUUAAGCACUUGUUGCUUAUGCAUUUUGCUGGACAAAUUAUGUAUGAGUCAUUUGUCAAUGGAUGAUUCAAUUCUUAUGAUC